CCCUCCUAUUCUUUUUAUCCCCCCUUUCACUGUAGCCAUCAGUCUUCCCCAACAGUUCCCACCUCUGCCCAAAACUCACGAAAUCCGUAAAUCGGAUGUCUGCAGUUCUAAUUUUCACGCUCUCUCAAUUCGGCUAUUGGGCAACUAUAUCAGUCCUGAAAAUAUUUUAGAUACGAGCUGUGAACUACCAAACACAGAAUGCAAUUGGAUUGAAGACGAGGUUACUUCUAUGCUUGUGAUGACAUUAUGGCACAAGGGUGGUUUGUGAGUGUCAUUUGUCUCUAUUGAGUAAUUUUCUCUGGGCUGCAUACUACAGAAAUUUCCAGUUCUAUAUUUGCUUAUGGAUCGGCCUCAUGAUUAUGCUAUGGCAUUUGCUCAGCAGCAGCAAGUCACAAAUAUUCAACAACAGCAACAAUAUGGUUUUCGUCCUCAACAUCAACAAUUUCCUCCAUCUGUUCAUGGUCCUCCUUUUCUGCCCCCACAUCCUCCUCUCCAACAGUUUCCAUACGCACAGCAAAUGCAGCAACAUCAACACUAUCCACAUCCUCCUCUUCCUCAUCUUCACCAGCAGCCACCGCCUGCCUUCCCACCGCAUGUGCCUCCUCAUCUUGUUCCCUCUCCUUUCCAUGGUCCAUAUGACUCUGCACCACCCCCUGCUCCACCUCCAUCUGAUCCUGAACUACAAAAGCGAAUUGAUAAAUUGGUUGAGUAUGCUGUCAAGAAUGGUCCUGAGUUUGAAGCUGUGGUUCGCGAAAGAGAGCAAGACAACCCUGCUUACAAUUUCCUCUUUGGAGGGGAAGGCCAUAGUUACUACCGCUAUAAGCUUUGGGUGGCAACAAGACAUCUAGGGGGUCCCUUCACCCCUCCUUUCCCACCGCCCUCUUCUUUGCCCAUGAUGCAUCCUCCCAACCCCAUAAUGGGUUCUUCCCCUAUUAAUGCUCCUAAUGCUGCUGCUGGAGUUUCUUCUUCGGUGUUUGGCGCACCUCACUUGCAGCAACCUCCUUUUCCACCAUUCUAUGAGCAACAGCUCCCCCACAAAUCUCAACCUUUCAUUGGUCAUGGUCGUCCUGAAUAUGAUCAGUCUUUUAGGUCUUUCAAAGGUUUAUCUAGACCACUUCCUUCUGAUGUUGAAAUGGAGCUGAAUGGUGUUCUCAACAGUCUCACUGGUACCAAAGAGUCGAUCAAAGGUGCGAAGACUUGGUUUAUGCAAAGAUCUCCUUUUGUACCUGCCCUGGCCGAGGCACUGAGAGACAGGAUAUUUUCCUUUGAUGAUCCUGAUAGACAACUGCAUAUAAUUUACCUUGCCAAUGAUAUUCUAUUUGACAGCUUGCAGAGGCGGGUCAAUCCUCAUGAGUUGGAUAAGGAGGCACUUGCAUUUAAGCCAGUUUUAGGUUCUAUGAUGGCAAGGAUUUACCACAACCCUUUAAACAAGGAAGAAAACCAGUCCCGCCUUCAGAAAAUUUUACAAUUCUGGGCUGCCAAGGACGUUUUUGAUCAGGAUACUAUUCUUGGGCUCGAAAAUGAGAUGGUGAGUGGGCAGGGUCAGAAUUCUCUUCCGGGUCCUCACAGAGAUUUGUCUGCAGUUGCAUUAGAUCCUUCUGUGGCCACAGGACCCCAGCAGGCGGCAAAUCAUAAUUCAUUACAGUGGCAGCCUGAUAAGCAAAACUCGAUUCGAAAUAUGGCGGUUCAAGAACAAGCUCCUCUCAUACCAUCAAUGGCACCAUCUUUAGCACCCCAACAUUUUCAUCCUACAUCUGUUCCUUCCAGUGGGUUUGCAUCUAUGCCCGUGCCAUCUUCUAUACAACAAUCAAAUCAACCACCUGCACCUCAUCUUGGCAAGGUUGGUGAAAAUCUACCUCCAUAUCCUCUGUUCCCACCUGGUCUCAUUCCCGGUAUGGUGAGAAAAAUGCAGAUUGGUAGUGGGGUGCCUUACUCUCCCAUGAGCCCCCUUGAUAUUCCCACUGUUAUACCUCCUUCCAAUAUAUCCCCAUCUGAAAUCAAUGAGAGAGUGUCGAAGUUCUUUAGAGAGAUUGGCGAGGUUAAUCCAUCUGAAGGAGCCGCAAAACCAUCUGAGUCAAAGGACGCUGAGUAUUAUGAAUACGAAAGAGAGCUUCCCAUCCGUAAGGGAGGGGCCUGCAUUCCUCCACCUCCAGGUCUCAAUACGGACCCAAAUUCUGAGACUUUUGACGAUGGAAGUGUAGAGCAAAAACCCGGAUCUAGUAGUUCUGGUAGGUUGGGGCUCGGGGCAAUAGCUGAUCCAAACGAGGCUAGUCAAUAUGAUGAUGUCUACAGCUCCUACAGGAAAGAAAGAAGCACAAAUUACCAUUCAUCUAUGAGUGCAAGAGCUGCUCCGAGGUAAAGCAGUUUAAACUAAUUACUAUUCCUGGUCGAGAGAGUCUAGAAAAGAAUCUAAAUUUCAUGGUUGCUGGAUUCAGUCAGUAGAUUUCUGGAGUUGUAUCUUUGUGCUUGCUUUGAUUUAUAUUUUUACUAUUUAGGUGAAUACUUUGAUGGGAGAAUUCAAAUAUUUUGGAUGGUUGAUGCCAAUUUUGAAAUAUUCCACA